ACUUUUCUUGUGGAUUUUGGAUUCUCAGAUACUCUGAGUACCUAUGAUGACUUGGAUUCUGAUGCGAUAAAGAACUACUCUGAGUUCUCCUUGGCUAGUCUUUUGUUUUAUGGCAUGAAGGAGGGAGCCUGCAGCGAGCAGAGCUCUCGAAUGACUGCAAUGGACAGUGCUAGUAAAAAUGAGUAAAUAGUGAACAGCUUCGCUCUUUAACUUUGUGAGAGUUGGAAGAGCUCCGUGGCGAGUAUGCCAAUUUCAACUUAAAAACCUCCUCACUCUCAAAAUGAGGCGAAGUGUAAAACCUUUGAGGAGCAAAAGUGAAUUGUUUGGUUGAAAAUGAAAACAUGUGUCAUAACGAAGGCUUUACCAGUAUCUUUGUCCUAAACAGGAGCCUUGUGCUUCUCGUAAAUGGCUUACAGUAAUUGUUUGGACCGUCAGUAUUCAAGUUAUCCCUCAUCACAACAUGUGAGUAUGCACACAUUGGUUCCGAUUCAUUAAAACGUCAGAGAGCACUUUGAUUGAGGGUCGCAAAACCAAACCCAACUUAAUCACAACGGCCGACCAGAAGAAAGGAAAUACCUUUAAGAGCCAAUGAAAGCUUAAAAUAAAACCAACCAAACUACCUAAAGCGCGGGAAAACGCGGGCGACCAGGUCGUGAGUGGUUUUUAGUUUUGCAUCUGACUGGUUGAGAGAGUGGCGCGGGUUUUCUGAACCAAUCACAAAGCAAAAACAAAGCAAGCCGGAUUUCUUUCGACAUUCAAUUACAAAUUGCUCUAAAGUGUUGGAUAACGUGUUAUCAAUCAAAUGUGACUUUUUCCAAUUAAUAUGGAAUCGUUAGCCAUCCAAGAUACUGGAUGGCAAAUUGCGAAUAAGCGACUUUUUUUUUGGUAAAAAUUUCCCACACAUCUUGAAACAUUUGGAAUACUGGCUCAUUCAUUUCAAACGCCAGUGAAAAUGGCAAAAGAGUUGAAAAUACAAGACGCCACCAACAAAGACAACCCAAAAAUCAAGAAAACAUUUGAUUAUGCUGUCACAAGUGGAUUCUAUUAUUGUAAUAACCUAGCACACAACAAUAAUACAGAAAUGAAAUUCGUUUCAAGUGGAGGCAAUGUUUUGAUUUCGCCUCCUUUCGCCUCCUUUCGUAGCGCCUAUUUCAGCGUCAUCAAGAAUGCGUUAAUUAUCCAAGAAGGCGGUUUUUAUGAGAUUCGUUUCAAGGAUGGUUACGAAGGUCCCUCCAGAUACGAAUGUCUAAACAUAAAGCCUCAUUUUUAGUCCAAAUCACAAAUCUUGAAGAUAUAAAUGGUAAAUGGAUCGAUAUCAACGUUUUUCAUGUCGUCCAUUUCACAAAAGAGGAAGGAAUUAAGAUUACGAAUUCCACCUUGAAGUGGUGGAUUAUUAGAUGGAGGAUCUUACAGCAGUAUUUUGUCAAGAAACUGCAAUUUUAUAUAUCAUAUAUAUACAUAUGAAAAUAAUUAAAACGAUUUUUGAUUUUAAUCACAUAGACGAAUACAUUGACAAAAAUCAAUUAAACGAGAUUAGAGUACUGUACCGAUUUUUAUAAUUAAAAAAUUUUGUCUAUAAAGGAGAGCAUACAAAUAUAUCGAGCUCUGUCAGGGCGUGAACCUACAUGUGACUCGUGGGAUACUCCAUGUUUUGAAAUUUUUCCUUAGCCCCUUCCUUGUCACCUUGUUUCUUGUGAAAAAAUCUCCCAAACGUUUCUGUCAAAUACUGAAAAAAUCGCUCAGCUUAUAGGUGAAGAAAUAUUGAUUUUCUUAUGUUUUUAUUUAUUUAAUUAAAAUUAAUUUUUUUUCUCCGUCUGGAUAUCUACUGGAUUUAUAGUAAUUUGGCACGUUCGCGUUUAAACGAGUCUUGCACUCAUUCGUGUGAUGUGGAUAAAUAAAAUACCUAACUACCUACCUAUUAUGUUCGUAAUACUUUACUUAGAAACACUGGACGCUGGAAAUGGUGUGUAAAUAAGAAGAGUUCGGUCGAGUCGUCACGAAAUUAAAGUCCUCUUAAAUUUAUUGCUGGUACGUUGGUUACAGUCUCUGAUGAAUGUGGAAUUAUGUCGAUGGAUUCGUUGUACGAACGAGCGGACGCCGUUAGGCGAGAAAAAAUGCUUUCCCUAACAAGAAGUUGAGCUGGCCACCUUGAAUACUUAAACAAGUGUUACAAAGACGUCGAGUUAUUAAUGUGGACCGCUGAAAAUUUUCGCGAGGCUUGUACGAAGAAGAAAGAUGUCGAAAUCGCGUUUGCGAGAUGUUUUCAAGCUUACGACGAAUAUUAUCAAUUUGUCGACGUCCCCGAAGUUAAAUCAGAUGCGCUUAAUAAUUAUAUUCGACUUUGUAGAGGAACACAAAUGAUUCUCUUCCUCUUAAUUAUCUGUGUGCGUCUUUAGUGCCUGCUUGAAGAGAAUGUUUAGACACGGACAAUGAUGACGAACCGUGCAUUAUUCUAAUUUUUGGGAGAAGUUACUAAAAGCGUAAUUUAAUUCUAGAAUGUAACGACUGAUAAGAAAUCUGACCUGAGCAAUACUGAAUUAUUGUCAUAUUCUAAUUUUUGAUUGAUUUUUGAAAGUUUGUUGGAAACUGAAAGAUACAUUAAUUACUUAACUUGAUUGACAAUUAUAAGUGAUUUCGUUUAUCUAUACAUAACCAAACAAAUAUGUAUGCGGCACGUGUUUUAUCCAUUUUAUCCCAUCGUACUGUUCCACCUGCUUAAAACGGGACGUUAAGAGAGUGUUUCUUUCGAAUAAGCCGAGAGUUGUGAGCGGGAGUUGACCGAAUUGAAUCGUGUGAAUAAAUCGUGACUUAAUAAGAAAGCGUGGUACAGCUCUUUCACGUUUUCGACAAACUUAUUUAUUUUGCGAAAGAAGUGUAGGGAGAAACACGAGUGCUCAAGCUGCUUCUUAAGUGCUUUACAUAUGAACAGAGCAUAGUCAAGGCUUCUCUAUUUGUUUUAAAAUAAAUUUAAUUCGCCACGUAUUACUUUCAAUGUUGGAAUUUCAUUUUCCAAGCGAACAACAGUGUUUUCAGCACUUUCCAUACUCUCAUAGAGCACACUACAGUUAGACUACCUGUUAGAAUGGUUCAAAUAAUCUAAUUGCUUGAAGAAGACUUAAGCUGUCAAAAAUGUUAAACCAUCAUAGUUUUACGAUUUGCAAUCGUUUAAAAACUGAAAUAGUUCGGCGCGGUAGGUAUCUAAUACAGGAUCUGAAAGUGAAGUAUUCCUUAAAAAACACUUUGACAUACCUGAUUGGAAUAUCGAAACUUCAUCAUUUAAAAGACAACAUGAUUGCCUCCGAAAUACUAAAAUAGGAAGAAAAAGAAGUGAAAAGUUUUGUUAAGUAUUUAAAUUGACCAACUUUGCGUUAAAACAGUGCAUACAAGUGAUUGAAAUAAUUAAACUUAAUGGGAGACCAGAGUUUGAUAAGAAACUUAUAAUAGAAAGUAAUUAUGAAAUGGGGUUUCUGGCACAUUUUCGAAUCAACCUUGAUUUUGAGGUUAACCUUGAAAAGGUUAACUUCCUUGAAGUUAACUUGAAAUCAAGGUCGAUUUCAAAGUGCAGUUCUUGAACAUUUUGAAGUCAACCUUGAUUUUAAAAGACCACUGAAAUUUUUCAUCGUCUGACCUGUGAAAAAAAAAUUCACAUCCUCUUAAUGUCUCACCUGUGAGCUCCGAAGUGUCCAUGAGCGAACGUGUGAAUAUUAUCAUCUUGAAUGAUCCACUUGUCGUCGUUUUCUGAAAGGGCAAAUUUUUUUUGAUUGUCUCACUGCAGACUUCAUGCGUGUGGCUUCUUAUCACAUAUGUUCUCUUGAAAUGGUCGAACGACAGGAUCAUCAUCCAUUAUUUAUUUUCUUAUGAUGUGCCUUUAUUUAUUGCUCUGACAAAGCAGUGUCAAUUUGAUCGACGGCUUGUUAAUUAACAGAGGCAAAUUAACAAUUGGUUCAUACGUCAGCGUGCGUUCAUCGAGAUAUGAAGCACGCGGAAAGUUUGGAGAGCACGAAAGAUGCGUAAGAGUUGCGUAGCGUAGCCGAGAGCAACUCUAACUUCUUAAGUGCUCUUCAAACUUCCCGGCCAAGUGCUUCAUAUCUUGAUGAACGCACAGCUGACGUAUGAACCGAUUGUUUUAUAACAUUUUCAACCCGAUGGAAAAUCUUUUUCUGGACGGAUUUGUUUGCUGACGUCAUGAGCGUGCACAAUAGGAAUAUGGAGCACGCUCGCGCAAUUGAAUUUGAUUACACAAAUUUACUAGCUAUGUUAUAAUAAAUGAUUGUGUUUCUAAACUUUUCGGAUUCAUCCAAAUAUUUGAUAAGUUUGAGGUCAAAUAUCUCCCCUUGCUAGAAGGUUACAACACUAAUUUUAAUUCCUCUUUAUAAUCCAUCAUUUCAUUUCUGAAAACCAUCAAAAAAAUUUUUGGGUACUGCCGUAUCUUUGACUUGGAUGCCUUUUAAAGUCUAUAUCAAUUGCUGCAAGCUUCUCUAAACUACACCUGUUACGCAAUUAUGGCUCUAAGCGGUCACUUAUGCAAAUAAAGCUUCAUUUUAUAGCUCGUUAUGCAAGAUGAUCGAUCAAGAAAGUUGAGAAAUGUAAACAAGUUUCGAGAUUUUCUGUAGGGAUGGUAAAUUUCUCGUUUAAAGAAAAGCAUGUAGGCGAAAUUUUAAUGGGAAAAUGUAGCGUUUCUUUCUCCUGUGGUUUAUUACUUUGGAGAUUUGCUAAAACCGGAAAAUAUGGCUUUUGUACAGCACAAAACAUUAGUGUAUAAUUUGAUUGUCUAUUAUCAUUAUCACCCUGUUCACAAUUAGGAAACUGUAACAGGAGAGGAGAUUUUAAAGUCACAUGUCGCGUGCUUGUUGACAUACAAUUUCCAGUGUAUAAUACCGGCUUUUGCAGACCGAGGAUGACGAGAAACUCUGCUCUCUCGUCUAAAGGGAAAUAUCAAUACCCCCAUGAAAUUCAUAAAUUGCGCUGUUUUUCCAAAAAAGAAGACUGGAAAAUGUUGUUUUCACUUCCACCAUCAAGAAAUUCCACACAGAAAUAGUAUUUGUAGUGUGACCGCGUAGCCUUUCUCGAGAAGUACGAAAAAGUUUUACCUUAAAUCAUGGAAAGUUGAAAUCAACCUUGACGAACAGUUCUGUCAUAUUUUGAAAGCAACCUUGAUUUCAAGGCAACUCAUGAAUUUCAACCUUGAAAUCAACCUUGAUUUCAAAAACACAGUUUUUGCGCAUUUUUAGAUCAACCUUGAUUUCAAGGCAACUUGAAUUUUUCUCAGGUGAAUGAUAUUCGGAAACUCACCCGUGAGUUCUGAAGAGUGCGUAAAUAUUAUCAUCUUUAACGAUUCUCUUGUCUCGUCAUCGGGGCGUUGAUUACUUGUGAGAAGAUUUUCAAAUAUCAAUGUUGUAUCUUCUCACAAAGAAGUCGUGGUAUGCCGCUCCGCGGCGGGCCCCUUCAGAGCUUGCCUUGAUUUGUUCUUCUGUCAAAAUGGUGUCUUUAAAAAUGAGAAGGGUAUAACACCUAAUUCAUCAGGAUUGCUUGGGUGAAGGCCUCCUAAAGGAGGCAACUCAUGCAGUUCCAGGAGGAACAAUCUGAAGCUCUUUACUUGUCUACUUAAUACUGAAUUGAUAUUGUAAGAAGAAAUUCUGUCUUGGUGACUCAUGGGAGUCAAAGAGUUAAGGAAUAAAUCAUAAGUAUAUAAGCGAAACGAAAGCUCAAAAACAACUAACUAAAACUCUGCGAAAAAACAAACUAAAAGUACACGAAAGAUGUCCACGUCAGUUUCCCAAUGUCAAGGUUAGAGUUCUUUGACGUGAUUGGCUAAUUUGUGAAAUGUGUGCCGCGCGUGAAUACUAAAAGAACACGAAGGGGGAAGAGGAGGAGAAAAGUUGUUACAUGAAAUUUAAAAACGAAAUAGACUUUCUAAAGCUGCUGUUUAACUGUCUUGAGUACUCCCUGAUUUCAGUGAGUCUCGACGAUAACUGUAGAGCUAUUGCAAAUCCCAUCCUAUUAACCCUUGAAACGCGUUUGACAUUCCUUACAAUUUCUCCUAACUCGACUGCAUACCCCAUCCUUACACUUUGUUGAGAGAAUUUCUACCUUCAUCAGACCAAUCCUAAUAGGCUGUUUUCAUGGAUUUCCUGCAACCAACUGACCAAUAGCAAUUAUUUUCUUUACCAUAAUAGAAUUAUCAGCGUUUACUGGAAGACGCGGAACAACCAUCGAUACCAACGACCAAAUCUUUCAAGAAUCUUCUAUUUUAAUCAUUGUAGCCAAAUGACAAUGCAUUAAUGAGAGACUUUUCAUUUAAAGCGCAGGCGGGGCCAUUGUGGCGAUGCCCACCUUCAAGCGAAAACCUGGCCGCUUUUGACACUCAACUACCCUCCAGCCAUGGGAAUGAAUGGAGAAGUUUUUCCGUACGAAUCUUUGCCCAACCGAAUUUCUAAAAUGUUACAGGAAUUGGUCUACAUACUUUAUUUGAAGAAAUAUCAUUAUCACAUUCAGUUCCCUGAAAAGUAUUUUUGACCCUAAAGAGUUAUGCAAAAUGUCUUCGUAAUACGUCGAGAUCAAAUAUAUCAGUUAUAUUACGUACUCUGAUUAAGUUAGAAAUUUAUCCUACUUUUUGCUCUCGGAAGUUUUAGUAUGAUUAUUCUAAAUUAUCCUUUUUCAAAAGUACUUUCUCCCCAACCCCUCCUUCACAGGAUGGGCUCGCGUAAAAAGACUGAUGAACUUGCAGAACAUGAUUUGGUUCUUUAUUACUAAAAUGUCUACUUUUGAAAAUUGCUAGGAAAGCUUAAUUAGGAACAUAGGCGAGAUGGAAAUAUAUUUUUUGAGAAUCGAUCAGUAAAGUUAAUAAUCACACGAUAUUGCAUCUGUCAAAUAGUUUGAGCAGAACGUAUUAAAAAACUGCUCAGAUUUAAAUGGUCUUUGCAGCAUUUGCUACACUGUUAUGUAGUGGAUGAUUCCAACAUUUACUUCAUCGGGAAUUGCUCCAUUGCUGGGUAACAAAUCUUAAAAGGAACGUCAAAUUUAGAGGAAAAGACCAACGCAUGUAUGUUUGAUUGUACUCUACCACUCUGAGUGGUGAAGGGCAGCAAGAAGGACAUGGCAUGUGUGAAGUGUCUCUGUCUCUCUCUCUCUCUCUCUCUCUCUCUCUCUCUCUCUGUCUCUCUCUCUCUCUCUCUCUCUCUCGUUAUUUUCGUCAAUAGGGAUAUCAUUAAUCGACAUUAACGAAACCUGUUGGCCUAGUUCAAUCUCAGAAGAAGCACCUGUAUAAGAUCUUAAAUUGUUGUGAAGGAAUGAAAUAAAUCAAAAUUCUUCUCGAGGAAUGCAAAUAACAUCUCUGUCGUUUAUCAGAAGAGAGGACAGCUAAAUUAUCGAGCAUGAUUCUGUAUUCGCUGCUUGUUGUACAUAUUUCAUAACAGCAAAAUAGCUGUGAUUCAACAUGAUGUCUAAGAUGGUUGCUUAGAUACACAUAUCGAGUUUACGACCAACUGAAGAAGUAGGCGAACUCAUCGAUCAGUGUAGGAGACACUGUCUAAGUAAGAACAUAAUUGAAUUCUUUAAGACCUCGGCGAGUCCUAAGCGAAACUUUUCUUGCUGUAGCUGAAAAACAACUCAGAGUAAAUAUCAGUGUUGCUUAAUUUUGCCGUGAACAAAAGAGAAAAGUCUGGAAAGGGAAAGUAUGUUUUAUCAUUGUUUAUAUGUUUGCUCGGAAAGGAAGAGUCUUAAAGAAGUAGUUCAGUUUCCCAGAAAGUUUAAACUAAAACACUUUAUUUAUACUGGCAUUUCCGAGGUCAUGCGUGCAGAUAGUACAUAAAAUUUCCAUUGGACUUUGUAGAGGAACACAAAUGAUUCUCCUCCUCUUAAUUCUCUGUGUGCGUCUUUAGUGCGUGCUUGAAGAGGAUAUUUAAACACAGACAAUGAUGACGAGCCGCGAAUUAUUCUCAUUUUUGGGAGAAGUUACUAAAACCGUAAUUUAAUUCUAGAGCGUAACGACUGACGAGACAUUUGACCUGAGUAAUGGCGAAUUAUUCUCAAAUUCUACUGCCGAUCCAAAAGCCCUCCACAUUAUGAUUUGCUGAGAGAAAUCCAAUUGCCAUGGAACACAAUGCAGACGAAAUAAACGUAAUACAGAACAAAAAAUAGUUGAUUUCAGUGUAUGUAUAAACUUAUAAAAUUCGUCCACUAAACACGUCCAAAGUAAUUAUUGGAUUAGCGUCACAUUUCUCAACAAAGUUCUAAUACUAAGUUAGGAAGUUUGAGAAGCAGGCUGAAUUUUCUCAUGUGAACCCAAGGCGAAAUUCGUCCCGGUAAGCGGGCCAGCCCGGUCAGCUGGGCUCGUAUGAAGAGGCCCUCAAUUGCAAAUUGCUCUAAAGUGCUGGAUAACGUGUUAUCAAUCAAAUGUGGCUUUUCCCAAAAUUAUACGGAAUCGCUAGCCAUCCAAGAUACUGGAUGGCAAAAUUGCGCAUGAGCGACAGUUUUUUGUAAAAAUUUCCGACAUCUCUUGAAGCGUUUGCUAUGCCGUGCUCAUUCAGUAAUCAUUUUAUCUUUCAAUAGUCAUAACAUUUGUUCAUGGUCCGAAAAUGGGUAUUUCAGCACUAAAAGGUGUACAAAAGAAUUGCCUUUGCCAAGGUUUAUUAACUGUUUCCAUCUCCCUUAAAGGUGAAAUGAUUGGCAAGUUGACUUUGAUUACAACUGAGAUAAUCUCGGAAGCUGCUGCAUUGGAUUAGAUUGAGAACUUUUAUUAAAUUGAUGUCUUAAUUGAUGUUUGUACUUGUUGAAAUAAAGAAGUCCUUGGGGGUAUGUUUCCAUCCUUGACAAAAUGUGUUCUUGAAUUGCGCUAACGAUAUGUACCUAGUCAUCUCCUGAAGGGGAAUAGUAUGAGACUCGCCAACUAUUGCUUUUCCGUUCGAAAAUUAAUACUUUUUUUUUUAAUCGUUGUUGUCUUUCAUCCACACUAAAAAACAUCGAUGAAAUACAAACUAACUAGGAAUCUUGAGUAGGUCGUGGGAUUUGCUAGCCGUAUUCAUGCGAUCAACAAGAGGUAUUCCACUUCAUGAUUGCCCUUGGAAUAUACAACAGAAUUUGAAGUUUAAAAGUUUGACAUUAAGCAGAACAACAAGUUCCUUUUACAGCUGCACGACAAUGAAGCUUAUUCAAAUGGAAUAUCAGGUUACAUACAUUUUUCCUACAUUCUACCAAUUGACUUUGAAUGAUUGACCCCUAUCUGGUGAAUGUAGCAUGCGUGGCGAGGUUCUAAAGAAGGGAAUAGGGGUGAAUGGGAAAAAAAUAAAUAAAUAAAAACACUCGAUUUUCUACAGUGCCUCUUAAGGUCUGUUCGUGACUUACAGAGCCCCUCACUGUUCACCUGAAAACCAUGUGAUCCCCCCUCAAAAUUCCGCUGGCAAUAAAAUGAUAAGUGGUCGCUUUUGUCACGGUCUGCCAUUCAUUUCCUGUGAUUUUAGCUUUCGUGUCUGGCCUUCACUUUAACACUUGAACUUAUUCAAAAUUGUCAUCUACCAGACAAUCUGUUGAUGAAAUGUUAAAGGAGAAGAGAGUUAACGUCCAUGUCGUAAAUGAUCUCGCGACAAACAGUAACACUGAUUUGAUGUACACCAUUUUUACUCUCCUACUCACGAGUAACUCCGAUCUCGCAAUCAAUCAACCCAAAUCACCUAUUAUAUUUCCGUACUUCCGUCACGAACCUAUCAAAAAAUUCAAUGCAGCGCUUCAUUGACGACCGCCACUUGUGACAGUGCAAGUAAUAAAUCUCCCAAGAAAGACAGAUUUUCCUUUGAUUAACUACAAAACAAAGAGAUGCGUAAUUUUGAUUAAUUGACCCACUUUAUUUUUAGUCGUGGAUACGCGAAGCAUAGGAAGCAUUAUCAGGAGUAGGAGUCAGAAUAUGCAAAUUUGUCACUCGUCUCAGAUGUAAACAAGUCGAUAUGUAAACGGCAGACCAAUUGCUAUUGACUUUCCGAGAUAAUACUGGAACGCGUCUGUCGACUUUCCGAAGUAACUGCCGCGACGUUGAAAUAGAAUUCGACUUUCCUUCGAGAAAGUUUCGACUAAUACUCGUCGCAGUAAGCACACGGUAGUAAGCUGUGUAGACGCUGGAUGCGAAGAGUCUUUGAUCCCUCGAGACGUCUGCUCGUCGAUCCUCCAAGCUUACAUUGGAUUCAUAGAUGGUGAACCUUUUACGAGUGAAUCUUACGAGCGAAACUUUGAUCGAACUCACGAGGGAACCUAUGAGCACUCGUAUCAGCUAAGGUAUAAAUCAGCCAUAAGGUUAAACAAAGCCAUUAGAAACACGAGUGGCACAACUGAUCAGUCCAUAACAUCCAACCAAAACACUCUUGUGGCCAAGUAGAACGAAACGCAGUCAGAAGACUGAUCUGAUGGUAACAGAAAUAUACAGGAACGAAGAAGUAGGUCAAAGUCCAAUCGUAUUAGCAAAGGCGUCCUUCGUGAUGGUGAACCAUCGAUAUUACCGUGGAAGAAAAUCCUGAACUUAUUUAAUAAGAGUAAAGCAAAUAAGAGGUAUGAAGGUCUCGUAUUGUGCAAAGUGCACCACAUUCGCCACCGUUGAAAACGAUUUUAUGGUUUGAUUACCGUAAUUAUCAAUAAAACCAGAAUGGGUAGAAGGAAACCAGUUGGAAUCACUCGUGCAAAAGGUUUAAGGUUGUAUUUUGCUCUUGAUUAUGUUUAUGUUUUCAAAACAAGAACUGCAAAGCAUAAAAAGACGUGAAGUAUCCGUUGUUUUUCGUGAUGAAUUUGUACAUGUUGUUCAAUGUUAUUCAAUAAAGUGUAAGAAACGAAAUCACAAGUAUUUUGUCUCAAGGACAAAGUUACUUACUUCAGGUGAUAUGGAGUUGAGCUCGGGACCUGUUACUCAGGGAAAUAAUCCAAACAAUCUUAAUUAAUUUCAAUCUGGAUUAGUUCAACAUGGCCUGAGAAUAUCAGAUGUUGGUGGUGCAGGCGGUUGCUCCUUUAGAGUUGUAUCCCAUCAGUUGUAUGGUGAACCUAACUAUCACAUGAAUGUUCGUAUUACUGGUGUUCAAUAAACAAUCCAGAAAGAUUCAUCAGAAGUAGUACAGACCAUUAUUGGUCAAGGUAUUUAGCCAACAUGUCACACCAGGGUACAUGGGCUAAUGCACUUGUCAAACAAGAAUGGAGCAAGUUACUUAUUCACAACCUGAAGCACGUUCAUACAAAUUUUACAUACAGGAUUUUACUUAUCUUCAAAAGUCAUUCAAACGUAAUGUACCUGAUUUAUUCACAGUUUCCUUUGAUGUCGCAUUUGAUCAUUUCUUGUGAACACAUAAAAUAAUGCCUUUCUAGUACCCCCUAGAGUCAUCAAAAUAUCUGCACAAAAGACAGAUCCUGAUUGGGUUAUAGAUCUUAUAACAACAGAGGAACUUUAGGGACAAAACUAUGCUUAGUGGGGUAGGUAGGGGGGGGGGAAAGCAUCUCUCACACAAGUCCACCCCAGGGCACGGGGGGUUACAGGCAGUUCAGGUGUCAAUGGGAGCAGAACAACAAGUUUCUUGUAUAGCUGCAUGACAACUAAGCUUAAUCAAAUGGAAAAUCUGGUUACAUGCAUUUUUCCCACACUCUACCAACUGAAUUUGAAUGAUUAACCCCAAUCAGGUAAAUGUAGCCUGUUUGGCAAGGUUCUUAACCCUUUAACUCCUACACCAAAUUUGUAAUUCUCCUUACUGUCAACCAUAUAACUGUUAUAAUGUUAGUUCAGACAAUUGAGUAUUGGAUCAACUAAUUAUCCCCAAAUUGAUAUUUUUCUUUAUUCUCAUCACUUGUCUGGUUGAUAUUGUAUUGACAUUGUAAGGAGAAAUUCUGUCUUGGUCACUCAUGGGAGUUAAAAGGUUAAGAGGGGAAUAGGGGUGAAUGGGAAAAAAACCACUCUAUUUUCUACAGUGCCUUUUUAUAGUCUGUUUGUGACUGACAAAACCCCUAACAGUUCACCUGAAAACCAUGUAAUCCCCCAAAAUAACCACCAACCCCCCUCUCUUAAUGAUAAAAUGAUAACUGGUUUCUUAUUGUCAAGGUCUGCUAUUUAUUUCCUGUAAUUUAAGUGUUCAUGUCUGGCCCUAACUUAACUCUUUAACACCCAAGAUCUCAUUAGUGAUUCUCUUUACUGUCUGCCAUACAGUUCUUGUUAUGUUAGUUUGGAGAAUUUGGUAUUAGAUCAAGUUAUAAUUUCCUAAUUGAUAUUUUUCUUCACUCUCAUCACUUGUCUGCUUGAUAUUGCAAGGAGAAAUUCUGUCUUGGGCACUCAUGGGAGUUAAACGGUUUAACACUUGAUGUUAUUCAAAAUUGUCAUCUACCAGACAAUCUGUAAACAAAAUGUAAAAGGAGGAGUAGCAUAGUGGCCACUUGUGAUAGUAAAAGUGACAAAUCUCCCGAGAAAAACAGAUUUUCUUUGAGUGACUAAAUUACAAAGAGAAACAUGAUUUUGAUUCAUUAAGACACUUUUAUUUUCCUUUCAUUUAAUAGGUAAAGCAAAAACUCACAUUUCAAAAUCCCCAAUACUGAAAUUAAAGCAUGAUCAUUGCUUUAUGUCACAUGCAGCUUUUUCCUUGAGUAGAGUGGUUCAGUGUCUUUAUUGAAUGAAGAUGUAUCCAAAUUCCUUGAUAUUUUUGUCUCUGUUGUCUGCACUCCACAAAGCUCUGUUUCCACACACAUUUUCGUAUCCUGAUCCUCCUUCACCAGAUCUGAUUCUGGAAUAAGGGGAACUGCAAUCAUCUUGUUCGUUUCCACACACAUUUUCGUAUCCUGAUCCUCCUUCACCAGAUCUGAUUCUGGAAUAAGGGGAACUGCAAUCAUCUUGUUCGUUGCCAAUGACAUCCAUUUGUACCCUGCUGAAUCCAUUACCUGCUACAUGUGAAUUGAACCCUUCUUGAAUACAUCAUUGCUGCAGAGAGGCAUCAGGACAAUCAGCCUAUUCCAUGCAUCCCAAUCUAGCGAGGUAGCAUGGUAUUGACCAUCAGCAAUGAGGGCAUACAGUGGAACUGCUUCCUGACCCAAUUGCAAGAACCUCGUUACCCCAUCAAACUUCGUGCCAAGGCAUAUCUUGGUGAAGGAAGUGCUUCAGUAGGUUGGUAACAGGGUCUUCAAGUGAUCCAAUCUGAUGACUCCAUUUUUGAGAGACUGAAGACCUGAAGGUAACUGAAGGUUUCCUGCAAGAUAAGGAAAUUUUCAACUUAGUAUCCAUUGCAUUGGUAUUACUUCACUUUGUUUUAUGAGUGGUCCAACUAACUUGCACUAAUCUCUCACCUGGUCAGAUGUGAUACUUAACCCAAUCAUGAUUUAACCCUUAAACCACUAAGAGCUGACUAGCAUCUAAUUUCUCCCAACAUUAUCAACCCUGAAUCACCAGGAAGGUCAAGAGAGUAAAAGAAAUGAUCCCCUACUGAAGAAGCUCUUGAUUGCUAAACAAAUGAUUCUUGUAUAUACCGGUAUAUAGCACAGUAUGGAGAAUGUACAUUAUGAUCAGAUGUUAGGGCGUAAAGGCUAAUCACUCAAGCCUUCCUGCUCUUUGAAAAGAAGUCUUUGUUUGUGUUUUCAAUUGGAGUUAUUAUUUAGUUAUUGUGAUUGUCUUUUGUGAUUACUUUAAAUACUCAAUCGAAAUGCGUGCUACAUUUAAGAGUCACUCUCGUCUAAGUCACUGAAGGCUGAGUCAUGAACAUAAACAAGUUUUAGAAGACAUUCUUGUUUAUAAAAAGUUCCAUAUAAAGUGCCACAAUAUCUUUACUGUAUCAUAUCUAGCUAGGAUUACUUAAUGUGAUCUCCUCUAGAACAAAAACUGACUCAAAAGAAGCACUAUGAAACAAACAGGAGUAGGCAAAAUUAGAGAGAAAAUCAACAACUUAAAAAACAAUGCCACCAUUAGGAACCACUCAAUAUUCACAUCAGGUGCCAGUGGGGGGGGGGGUUGUUUCACAAUAUUACAGAGCCCUUGAGGUGGGGGGGGGAGAAAGAGAAUCAGGCAAAUUUUAUUGGAUACAACAAAAACUGUCCCACCCCCCUCCCCCUCCUGGGCGAUAAAGAGUGAAUAUUCUAUUAGUUAACCCUUGCACUCCCAAGAUCUAAUUAGUAAUUCUCCUUACUAUUUGCCAUACAAUUCUUAUGAUGUUAGUUCAGAGAAUUUGGUAUUGGAUCAACUAAUAAUCCCAUGAUUGAUAUUCUUCUCUAUUCUCAUCACCUGCCUGCUUGAUAUUGUAUUGAUAUUGUAAGGAGAAAUUCUUUCUUGGUCACUUGUGGGAGUGAAAGGGUUAAUGGCAUUUUGGAGCCCUCAACAUGUUUGGAUUAUCUGUUUGUCUUUGAUCUUCAUGACCAGCGUCCAUCCUCCACCAACGCAGUCUCCAAACUCUUUUCAUUCAUGGAACAGUAAACAGACAGAUCUUCAUUGCCUAAUGUCAGGGUAUAGGCCUCGCUUGGGCUGCCACUGAGAAGAGAAGAUCAGUGUGCCAUGUCUGUUGACUCCUUUGCAGUAGUUAUUUCGAAUGUCACGCAACACAUGGUGUCCUGCAAGAUAAGAAAAUUUUCAACUUAGUAUCCAUUACAUUGGUAUCACUUCACUUUGGUCUAUAAGUGGUCCAGCAAGCUCGCACCAAUAUCUCACCCUGUCAGAUGCUAUACUUCAUUAACCCAACGGUGACAACCCUUUAACCACUUAGAGCUGACCAGCAUCUUAUUUCUCCCUACACUAUCAACCUUGAAUCAAACGGGAAGAUCACGAGGGUAAAGGAAAUAAUCACCAACUGAAGAAGCUCUCGAUUGCCAAACAAAUUAUUCUUGUACAUAUAGAACAGUAUAGAGAAUGUACAUUAUGAUGUUGGAGUGUGGAAGGUUAAUCACUCAAGCCUUACAGCUCUUUUAAAAGUAGGCUUUGUUUUUGUUUUCAUUUGGAGUUAUUAUUUAGUCAUUGUGAUUGUCUUUUAUGAUUACUUUAAAUAUUGAACUUAAAUGCAUGCUACAUUUAAGAGUCACUCUUAUCUCAAAGUCACAAAAGGCUGAGCCAUGAAUUUAAGAAAAUCUCAGAGGAUGUCCUUGUUUAUAAAAAGAGCCACAACAUCUUAACUGUAUUAAGACUAAGAAAGCAUUUUGACUAACUGCAUUAUAUCUAGGACGGCUUAAUGUGAUCUCCUCCCAAACAAAACAAAAACUGACUCAAAAGAGGCACUAUGAGUGGGCAUAAUUAGAGGGAAGACAAAUUUAGUACAAAAAAACAAAAAAAAAAACUAUGCCCCCAUUUGGGACCAGUCACAAUUUAUCACCUAGAGUUUGCUUUAAAAAUUGAAAGCAAUGUGUGGGGAAUUUAAUGGAUUCUUUAUUAUAAAAAAAAUAGAGAAGCCUUGACAGUGCUCUGUUCUAUUGUAAAGCACUUAACCCUUUAACUCCCAUGAGUGACCAAGACAGAAUUUCUCCUUAUAAUAUCUUUACAACAUCAAGUAGACAUGUGACAAGAACAAAGAAAAAUAUCAAUUAGUGGAUUAUAAGUUGAUACAAUACCAAAUUCUCAAAACUGACAUCACAAGAACUUAAUGGCAGAUAGUAAGGAGAAUUAAUAGUGAGAUCUUGGGAGUUAAAGGGUUAUGAAGCGGCUUGAGCACUCAAGCACUUCUUUCAUACUCUAGCCGCUUCCUACAUGCUUUACAACAACUGUUUCUUCCGUAAAAUACCCACCAGCUCUCAAUCCUUUGGUUCACCAGAGAUGACCCAUACUUGUGCGCUUCUGCAUCUUGUUGAAAUGUACAUUGUAAAGCUGCUCUUACACCGUUUUCUGUUCCACAGUCAGUCCUCAGUUUCACUGGACAGCCUUCUGACCCUGCAACACAGUUCAAAUAGAAAUUGGCAAUAAUUUCUGGAUGGUUGUUCGACUUUGUGACUGUUAGCCACAUUAUUUUUCGACUCCAUCCAUCAAUACAACCACGUAUUGGAGAUCUUGGGCCACUAAGUUCAUUUAUGAUUUGUUCCUAGACAACGUUCAUGUCAAAAUAUGGCCAUCUUCUCCUCAAAGUUCAAAUGCUUCAACUUACAACCUGUAUUUUUCAAUAUUCGUAAACCCAUCGUAACGCCAUCACACUUGGCUAAAAAUUCAGCUAUAACUUCAUACGUAUAUCCUCUUGAAAACUAAUGUGAAAUUAUACUUUCUUCUUCUAGAUGAUCGCUUACUGAACUAGAAGAAGCCACUUUAGCUCAAUUCCUCAAUGUGAACGGUACAAAAAUGGCGCCUUAAUUAGCAGCUUGUAGCCAGAGCUAGUCCCAGGUUCCGGUCGCUUUCAGCGACAGUCUUCACCAGUACUUUGAAAUUUUAAUUUUGGUUUGAUUUAGCUUGCUUUUGUGUACCAGAAAAAUUCCUUGUGCUCUGGAAAAGAUUGUUGUGUUUUAGAAGAUUUCGUUGUGUUCUGGAAAAGAUUGUUGCGUUUUAGAAAAUUUCGUUGUGUUCUCGAAAACAUUGUUGUGUUUCAUUAGAGAAAUUGAGUUGUGUUUUUGCCCCAAUAGGCCACCUUACUGAAGAGGAGAGAUCAACUUAGAGAUCAGCCUAAGCAAUCAAUCAUAAGUAGAUAAAUGGGGGUAUUCCAAACCGACAUUUUAACGAUCAACUUAUCCAGCCGAAAUUCCAAACCGUCAGACAACCUGAAAGCGAUGAUGAAAAGUUAAUGUAGACGACAGAAACGAUCUUCUAACCCUACCCACUAUGCAGUCCUGUUUCUUUUUUAUCAAGACCUCAAGAUCUGACAACUUGCCCAUUAUUUGUUUGUAAUUUUUCUUUCUCUCACUUGCAUCAGCACCAAUGGCUAGAUAAACCAAAAGGACUACUGCACAAAAUUUCAUAGCUGCCGUGUAACUGUCUUGAGUACCCCCUGAUUUCAGUGAGUCUUGACGAUAACUGAGGAAUUUUGCAAACACCAUCCUAUCAAACCUUGAAACGCCCAUGACAUUCCUUACAAUUUCUCCUUACAUGACUACAUACUCCAUUCUUAUGCUUUGCUGGGAGAAUUGCUACCUUCAUCAGACCAAUCUUGAUGGACUAUUUUUAUGAAUUUGCUACAACCAACUGACCAACAGCAACCAACAGUGGCUGAGGUGUGAAAGGGUACAAGCCUGACCACCAGUCCUGUAAUCCAGGCUGUCAAACAAGAUGAAUAGGACAAGCCCCUUCCAGCCUCAUCGAAGACUGCCAGUAAGACAAGGGGUCCAAUUACAUACCCUCCCCACCCCUUGAGCUUUCUACAGAGAGCCAUUUGCAACCCACCCUUGGAUAGGUUAGUGGCUGAGCUGCAUGCGGGGCACGACCCUUGACGUUAAGCCCUCUACAUUUUUAUCGGCAAGUCUGGCUUGAUGGCGGGUGAUGCUCCUAACCUUAGCCAUCAGUGUUUUGCGGCCUCUCCUAAGCCUACUGCUUUGGAAUUUCAACCACCCUCCAACUACAGGGUAUCUCUCAAAGAGGGAUACCCAUUGCAGUGGCUUACACGCCUAGAAAUGCCAUUUUUUGUACAUAACUUUAUCAUACUAUCUUGAAUGGGGAGUUUUUCUGUACGAAUCUUUGCCCCACCGAAUUUUGAAAACGUUACUGGAAUUGGUAUACAUACUUCAUUUGAAGAAAUGACACUAUCAUAUUCUCUGUUACAGGUCAGUUCCUGAGACGUUUUUUCUUUUGACUGAACGAGUUUUGUAAAAUGUCUUCGGAAUACGUCGAUAUUAGAUAUAUUGGUUAUACCACGGUUAUAUAAACUCUUGAUUUAUCUUUUUUCAUAUUGGGUCGACCCGGCUUAUCUUCCAAAUCGGCUCUCUUAAUCCCCACGGUAUCAACUAGCGCUUUUCAUUCAACUAAUUUAUUCUUGUUUUCUCGUCACCAGACUCCCAGCAAUAGCGUAGCUCCUAAACGCAACCCACAAUUCCUUCAAUCGAUCUGACGAAGGGCUAACGCUCGACAGGUCACCUUUUUCACUAUUUACGGUGGCCAAUUUACGUUUUUAACUCAGUUGUUAACACUAAAUUACAGCCACGUAACAGUUUAGCUAUAAUAUCUUUUUUUUACGUUAUUCAUGAAUCCCUUCCAAUGUCACACGUGUCUCAAGAGUUUCGAUGAACUGAAAAUACUUGAGAAGAAAAUUUCCGACAAGCAUUGCUACGGUACAGAUGGGGAUUUCAUAUCCUUGUUUCGCUCUGGCAUUCCUUUAUCGAAGGUCAUCGAUAAAUUCAAAACCAUGCUUAAGGCAGGCAUGCUGAAAGGAGAAGUUCAAGAUCGACCAGGAAAACCAAAAAGGUUGAUUUACUAUUGUCCCUUUGAUUUCGUAGUGGGAACGUAUCAGGUUCGAGGUCGAAGGGGGAGAUUCAAACAUCAUGAAACCCGUUUGGUGAAAGUCGUCUGUGGGACCUCAAAGUGCAGCAAUCGUUUUUGUCAAGUUGGUCUUGUGCCCAGAGUGGCAAUAACAAUGUAUCCUUGUAAAGACCGCAAGUAAAGACUCUCACUGACAAAAAAGCUUAUGGAAAGUUCUGGCAUAAAUGAAGAGCUAUCUAUUAUGGUUAUAAAGUGGAAAAGCCAGUCAAAACGAUGUAGCUUAAUGUAAAUCCGUAAGAACGUUUUUUUAACGACAUGAUUCAGGUGUGUAGGUGUUUCGAACUCUGAACUGCUUGAACUCUAUUGAGAAGUCAUCUGGCCAAACUGACUGAAGUCCCAUGUCCCAAAGUAGAAGUAGAAUGUUAGAAGUAGAAUGGAUGUGAUGUUUUAUUAUAGGAGAUAACAUGUGGUGCUAUGGAAUUUAAUCAAUAAAAUGACGAUAGAAGUUGGUCUUAAAUUCGAUAUGUGUAUGUUUGACAUCAUGUUGAAUCACAGCUAUUUUCCUAUUAUGAAAUAUGUACAACAUGCAGCGUAUAGAGAAUUAUGCUCGAAAAUUAUUUCUAUCCCUCCUAUGAUCCUAAUUAAGCUUUCCUAACAAUGUUGGAGAGUAGACGUUUUGGAAAUUAAGAACACAAUCAUGUUCUGCAAGUCCAUUUCUAACUAAAUCAGAGCACUGUGGUAUAACUGAUAUACUUAAUCUCGACGUAUUCCAAAGACAUUUCGUAAAACUCGUUCAGUCAAAAAAACGUUUCAGGAACUGACCUGUAACAGAGAAUAUGAUAAUGUCAUUUCUUCAAAUGAAGUAUAUGUAUUGCAAUUGCAGUAACAUUUUCAAAUUCGGUGGGGCAAAGAUUCGUACAGAAAAACUCCCCAUUCAAGAUAGUAUGAUAAAGUUAGGUACAAAAAAUGGCAUUUCUAGACGAGUAAGCAGGCUUGUUUUAACUCUCUCCCUAUUGCUUCACUUUUAAAGCCACUAAGGUUAGGAGCAUCACUCGUUAUCAAGCCAGACUUGCCGAUAGAAAUGUAGAGGGCUUAACGUCAAGGGUAUUGCCCCGCAUGCAGCUUAGCCACUAACCUAUCCAAGGGUGGGUUGCAAAUGGCUCUCUGUGGAAAGCCCAAGGGGUGGGAAGGGUAUGCUGUUGGACCCCUUGUCUUACUGGCAGUCUUCGAUGAAGCUGGAAGGGGCUUGUCUUAUUCAUCUUGUUUGACAGCCUGCAUGGUGGCCAGGUUUGUACCCUUUCACACCUCAGCCACUUUUGGUUGCUGUUGGUCAGUUGGUUGUAGCAAAUCCAUAAAAAUAGCCUAUUAAGAUUGGUCUGAUGAAGGUAGAAAUCCUCUCAACAAAGCAUAAGGAUGGAGUAUGCAGUCAUGUAAGGAGAAAUUGUAGGGAAUGUCAAAGGCGUUUCAAGGGUUGAUAGGAUGGGGUUUGCAGUAUUCCUCAAUUAUUGUCGAGACUCACUGAAAUCAGUGGGCAGUCAAGAUAGUUGCAAGGCAGCUAUGAAAUUUUGCGCAGUGGUCUUUUUGGUUUAUCUAGCCAUUGCUACUAAUGCAAGUAAGAGAAAGAAAGUUUGCAAACAAAUGAUGGGCAAGCUGUCAAAUCUUGAGGUCUUGAUAAAAAAGAAACAGGGCUGCUGUAGAGUGAGUAGAGUUUUUGUUCCUCUACAGAGUCGAAUAAAAAUAUUACGCACUAUUAGUACGCAUGACCUUCGAAACGCAAGUUUAGAUGAAGUGUUUUAGUUUAAAAUUUCUGGGAAACUGAACUACUUCUUUAAGACCCGUUCUUCCCGAGCAAAAAUAUAAACAAUGCCAAAAAAUACUUUCGUCAUCGUGCUAACGGUUUCGAAGGACGCAUCCACUCGACCAGAUAUGCUUCAAAGUUCGCUCAAAGGACAUCGUACGCAAGCUUGUUUUAGGAAAUACCUCCAGAAAUACCGUCAAUACUUAUUUCAGCGUUACAUUCGGCCUACAGCUCUUGCUUGAUCAAAAGCAUGUGUAUGGAGCCCGUCAACACUUUUAUGAGAGGGAAUCGUCAAAGUUCAAAUUCUGAUUAAUGGGCUAUUUCAAAGCACAAGUCCUGCAAAAAAUUAGAAUGCAUUGUGGGAUUAGCAGAUCCACACGCCAAACCAGCAGUUUAAAAGGCCAUUUUACAGUUGUGCACUUAGAUGCCAAGCCUUCGAUUUGGAGUGAGGCUAAAGUUGACCAUGUUGCGAUAGAGACCAAUUUCUACUCAACAUGAUAACCAAAGUAGUUUACAUUUGUCAAAGGCUUAAAAACCAGGCACGUAACAAAUGAAUAAAUGGGCUAAGUUUCUAAAGAAACUGUGGUGCUGCGUCGGUGGGAGAGUAUAGCAGGUAAUUUAGUGUUGACAACUGAGUUGAAAACGUAUGAUUCACCUCCUCGUAAUUCUCUGUGCGCGUCUUUAGUGUGUGCUUGAAGAGAAUAUCUAAACACAGACAAUGAUGACGAACCGCGCAUCAUUCUAAUUUUGGGAGACAUUACAAAAAACGGAAUUUAAUUUUAGAAUGUAACGACUGAUAAGAAAUUUGACCUGAACAAUGAGGAAUUAUUCUCUUAUUCUAUUUUCUGAUUGCCGAUCCAAAGGCUGAAGCGAAUUCACGUCAAAUUAUUUCUAUUUCGAGUAAAGGUACCUUUGGAAAGUAUUACAAACCGAUAUUAAUAAAAUAACUUUUUGUAAUCGUUGGUAUGGUUUUGAAUAAGAUAUGGCAGAAAACUGACUUAUUUUGAAUUUUCUUAGUCAAGGAGGUAAAGGGUUUCACACAGUUUAACUGCUCAUUUCUAGCAAGGCGAGGAAAAAUUUUGUCUGCACUCCGCCCGGACAAACUAAUACUCUCACUAUGCAAGGCAGACAGUGCUAUUUUUUUAAUUGAAUAAAAUAAAGAAAAUAUCUAAAAACGAUCAAAUAAUAUUUUUUCGACAUGGCACCAGGAGUUUCAAUGUAAAGGUGAGUGUUGGUGUCGACUAGGAGUGGAUGCGAAAGACAGUCUGGUAAUUGUUAAAGUUACAAGUUACCACUUCAAACUAAUAAACAUUCUGAUUGUAAUCUAUGAGAAUAAAUUUCUAAAGGUGGUUCAGAUUGAGUUACACCAUACUUGUUUGUUUUAGUUUGACUCCUUAAACAACUCGGUCUAAUGCUGCUUACAUUAAGCACCACACUGUUGUGAACCAAUGCGGCGCUUAUUCAGUCAACCCAAUGAAUGGGCCAGCAGCCUCAAUCGGUUCUAGUGGCCCAACUGCCUCAAAUGAGCUAGUCAGUUCCAGUGACCCAACUGCCUCAUAGGACCCAACCAGCUCAAAUGACUGAAUUAUCUUUAAUGACUCAAUCGGUUCCAGUGACCUAACUGCCUCAAAUGAACCAACUAGGUCAGAUGACUGAUUUGCCUCAAAUGACCCCACCAGCUCAAAUGACUGAUUUGCCCUAAAUGACCCAACCAGCUCAAAUGACUGAAUUGCCUUAAAUGACCCAAUUGGUUCCAAUGAUCCAUCUGCUUCAAGUGACCUAACCAGUUCAAAUGGCUGAAUUACUGAAUUCCCACAAAUGACCCAUUGGAUUCCAGUAACCCAACUGCUUCAAAUAAGCUAAUCAGUUCCAGUGGACCAACUACCUUAAAUAACCCAACCAGCUCAGAUGACUGAAUUGCCUCAAAUGACCCAAUCAGUUCCGGUGACCCAACUACCUCAAAUGACCCAACAAACUCAAAAGACUUAAUUGACACAAAUGACACCAACUGAAUGAAACAGCACAACCUGGCAGCGCUUGUGCGCUCACGAAAACUACAGGAAAACAUUCAGGUAACCAGUGCAAGCUGUUCACCUCCGUUUCCAUAAAGCAGGAAAACAAUAGACGAACAACACGUUUUCAUGGCCUUUCAUGGCCUGUGUUGGUAAUUCUGUGUGAAAACGCUCGAAAAAUGCAGCGUCGCGCGCACGGGAAAACUAUAGAUAAACGUUCAAAAAACAGGCUCUUCAUCGGCAAUAUCCCGGUGCAGGGUAACAUGCGAUGAACUUCGUGUUUUUCUUGAGUUUUACUGAGGGUGAACAGCGAAUUUGCCAUCUGUUUUCAAAUAUCAGAAAACGUUGGUGUAAUGUUGAAUUUUUCAGUCUUUCACCAUUUCGGAAAAUUAGCGGUGAACGAGAGUUUUUGUGCUGUAUUUCUCGGAAAUUAUCGGUCGCCUCAGCAAGGGGCAGGGACCUUGCACUCGUUUGCUCGUAGUAGCGACUAAAAGCUCUCUUCCCUAAAAUUUUUUAAAACAAAUUAAAAAGAAAUUUUCAAAGUCAAUUAGCGGGCGACAUGCACCACAUAAAUGUUUGCUAUUUCUUUUAAAAUUCAAGCUUCUACAUUUCCUUUAAAAAUUUAAAUUUUUACAUUUCUUUUAAAAAAUUUAAACCUCUACAUUAUGAUUUGCUGAGAGAAAUCCAGUUGGCAUGUAACACAAUGCAGAAGAAAUAAAGGUUACACAGAGAAAAAAAAUAUUUGAUUUCAGUGUAUGCACAACCUCGGAAAAUUCCUCCACUAAACACUAAAGUAAUAAUUGGAGUAGCUUCACAUUCCUAAACAAGUUCUAAUACUAAGUUAGGAAGUUUGGGAGAAAUACUCAGUGUAAAUUCUGCGAAAAUAUCUGGCUGUCGAGCGUGUAGUCCAUUUGACUUCAUGUUUUCUCAACACGAAUUUUUGUUGAAUCGUGGCUACUUUGACAUACCUGAAUUGAAUAUCGAAACGUCAUCAUUUAAAGCAGUCUUUGCACUCCGCCUCAUUGUCCUGGUGGAGAGUGGACUUUAAAACCUAUAUCACUUUCUGAUGAAAUCAGUUAUAUUUUUCUGGAAAAUUAAAAACGAAUUUCGUGGGAUGAUGGCAAAUUUUGUGCCGGACUCGUACUUUGGAAUAGCCCAAUAAUCAGAAUUUGAACUACUGAUGAUUUCCGCGCAUUAUUCUCAUUUUUGGGAGAAGUUACUAAAACGGUAUUUCAAUGCUAGAAUGUAAUGACUGAUAAAAAAGUUGACCUGAGCAAUGGUGAAUUAUUCUCAUAUUCUAUUUCCUGAUUUUCGAUCCAAAGGCUGAAGCGAAUUCAAAUCUGAGUAUUUCUAUGUCGAGUUAAGAUACCGUUGGGGAGUAUUACUAGCCGAUAUUAAUAAAAUCACUUCUUUUAAUUGUUAGCAUAUGGCAGAAAACUGACCACUGUUGAAGUUUCUCAGUCAAGUAGGUAAAGGCUUUCACACAUGUUUUACUGAUCAUUUCCAGACAAAGAAACACUCUCUUUGUGCAAGGUAAUGACUAAUUAGAGCUUUUCCUGGUCGAUCUUAAAAUCCAAGAGAUUCUUUACUAGACCUUGUUAUUUUCAUAUUUGGAUAAACUAAAGAAAAUUUUCCAGAAAGGAUCAAAUAAUAUAUUUUCGACAUGGCACCAGGAAUUUUAAUAUAAAGGUAAGUGCUGGUGCUGGCUAGAAGUGUAUGUGGAAGACUGCUUGUUAACGGUGAAAGUCACAACAUUUAAGUUUCUUGGAAAUUGUUGGUCGCCUCAGCAAGACGCAGGGACCUUGCAAUCGUUUGUUCGAAGUAUCGACUAAACGCUUUUUUCUAUAACAUUUUUGAAACAAAUCUUAGAGAAAUUUUCAAAGUCAAUUAGCGCGCGACAUGCACCACAUAAAUGUUUACUAUUCUUUAUAAAUUCAAACUUCUACAUUUCCUAUAAAAAUUUAAACCUCUACAUUAUGAUUUGCUGAAACAAAUGCAGUUUGCAUGAAACACAAUGCAGAAGAAAUAAAGGCAAUACAGAGCAAAAAAUGUUUGAUCUCAGUGUAUGCACAACCCGGAAAAUUCGUCCACUAAACACCAAAGUAAUUAUUGGAUUAGCUUCACAUUUCCAAACAAAGUUCUAAUACUAAGUUAGGAAGAUUGAGAGCAAUACUCAGUGUAAAUUCUGCGAAAAUUUCUGACCGCCGAGCGCGUAGUCUAUUUAAAACCGCGCGCCUGCCUAGUUUGCAUUUUAUUUGCAGAAUCAUGAUCAUGCAAAUCUGUCUCCCAAGCCGUCCACCGAAAUAUAAAGGAUGAGGAAAGACAAGAGUUAGAGGAGUUAUCCCAUCUUGUCAAUAUUUGUCUACUUUGGGAUCAUAUACACAAGCUUUUUUAAAUUAUUUUGCAUAGAUCUCCUCGGUCUUUAAAAACUGAAUUACUCGUGUUUAUCUCAUUCAAACUGCACUGGCUGCACUGCACAAAAAAAUAAAGGAAAAAAAACUAUUGCAUAAGAAAAAAAAAUGACGUUAAACUUGAUUUCAUGUUUUCUCAACACGAAUUUCUCCUGAAUCGUGGCUACUUUGACAUACCUGAAUUGAAUAUCGGAACUUCUUCAUUUAAAUUAAAGCAGUCUUCGCUCAGGUCAUCGUGAAACGUUAACGACAGAUGAAAAAGAAGCCGGCGUUGACAACGUCACUGCUUCUGAAACCCUAAAUUAAAGAAGAAGAAAAACAAGUGAAAAGUUUUGCAAAGUAUUUAACUUGACCAACUUUGAGUUAAAGCAGUGCAGGAUCUCAUAGAACUGAUUUUACAUAAACACACUUGACGGGAGAUUACAGUUUGGUAAGAAACUUAUAGUAGAGAAAUAAAGCUCCAGUCCUGUUUAGACAAAUGUUUAUGAGUCUUGCCCAAACAUGUCGAAAGAUCCUUUUAAGGUUUAAUAUAGGUUUAAUCGAGUGUCCCCAAUUAGUGCCUUGGCGCUAGAACGACUAGACACAGAAAUAAAGACUAUGUAUAUGUGUAUAUUUGUGAUGGAAAUAGACUAAGUUCGUAAAACUCAUUCGUUAAGUGCCUGUGAGUUUGUCACUAAUAACAAAUGAGAAGAACAAUUAAGAACAGUCGUGAACAUCUAUUGCAAGACAUUUUCACCGCCGAACUUUCUCAGAGAUUUCAAUCAACCGAUAUUGCAAAGGGUAAUGAUAUUUGUCGGGUGGUGGUGACUGUAAAGUCACAAAAAUCAGCGAGAAUAUGUCGUGGGUGUAAUGUUCUCGUGACCCCGCACGAGUGAUUCACGCUCAAAUGUACUGGACUGUUGAUAACAUGUGGGAGCCAAAAACAUUAUGUGGAACCAAAAGGUCAUGAAGGUGCACACAUAAGUGUAGUGCUUCUGAAUGUAUUCGCCUUUUUGCUGAUUUUUGUGACUUUAAUGUCACCACCACCCGACGAAAAUCAUUACUGUUUGUAGCAUCGGUUGAUUGGGAAUUUUCACGAGGGAAACUCAUCGGUGAAUAUGUAUUUGAAUAAAUAUUCACAACGGCUCUUAAUUUUUCUUAUCAUUAGCCUUUAGUGGCAAACUCAUUAGCGUCUACCGAACGGGUUAUACGAAUUCCCUCUAUUGUUUAAAAUUAUUUAUCAUGUAAACUACGGUGUUAGACAAGGAUUUCCAGCCCUGAGAAAAGCUUUAAUAACAGACGUGAAAAAAAUACGAUGUUUUUUCACGAGUGUUUAAUAUCGCCAAUCAGCUGUUGACACGUCACUCGCCUUUUGCGCCUCUCGGUCAGGUUGGUGAAUGAACGGCAACGCCUUCACCAAUCUCAAUCCAAGGUCGUUUUUAUUUUCGAUUAUGGCUGCUAAAGGAAUGAAAAAUCCGUGUCACUUACAGGUAGUGACGUUUAAACUUUCCUAGAAGGGGAAGAAAACCAAAAUACGAAAAGAAAAACCGAAAGUUACGUAUUGAGUGGCUUUGGUGAUGGGAUUUCUCGCGGCUGAGAACGAAAAUCGACAACCAGAAGAUAUGCCACAGGCCGGUUUUGGCCGUGUACCUGAAAGAUUUCUUCUGUCGGUAAGGACCAAUUCAUAACUGAGAAUUUUUAUUUUGAAAAUUAGGCCCAUUGUUUGUUUUUGAAGUGAUUCAACACUCAACGAUUUUUAUUCGGGGAUUGCCUAUCCUUUUAUUUUCAAUCAUACUGAAGUACACUUUUCUUGUCAGCAAAGGGCUAUUUUGUUUAUAUGAUAAACAAAAUAAUAUACGGUUGCUUGUAGAAAUGAAAUUUCUCUUCUCGCGUUCAACUUGACAUUUCGCUCGUUCGCUGCGCUUACUUGCGAGCUAUCGAGUUAAACGUUCGAAGAGAAAUUCCAUAUCUACGUGCAUCCAUAUAUUAUUCUCUACUUGAUUGUCAUCAUUGCAUUACUGCAAGCAAAUCAAGAACUGAUUUUCAUCUCUUCGCAAAUUCGCGUUAUUUUCGUGAGAAAGCACCACAAUGUACCUGAACCACAGGAAGGAUGUAGGGCUCGUUGAGAAGGUCGUUGUACUUCAGAUGAAAAGAUUCACGCUUAGUUAAGCCCCGGCCAGAGUCAUUGUGUAAAGUUCUCUGUCCACGUAAAAUUCUCAACCAGCGAAGUCACUUUCGCUUUUGGAAAUACAGAUUUUGAAAGCAAACCGUUGACAUAGACAACCUGAACAGCCACUAAUUUGGUUAUCAGAAAUUAGAAGUAGAUCUGUCUCGAUUGUGCUCUUAAAAUGUCAGAAAGUUGCUCAAUGGAAAGCCAAAAAUUACUUAAAAAUUGCCAAAAAAUCCAAAAAGGCUGCUACCUAAAUUUCAAAGCUGCUACCUAAAUUCCUGAUAUUUUCAGAUAAACGUUAAUGAAAAGCUAUAUUCUUCGUUAUUCGCAUUAACAAACUUAGCUUUAAGUAGUUGCUCACACGUAAAGGUAGUUUCUAACCAUCCGUUUCUGUUUAUGGAAAUGAAUGAACAAAGACAGCCAUCUUGUCAUCUUUGCCGUCGUUUUAGCCGAUUACCCGUUCUAAUAUUAGACAAUAGGCCGCCGAAACAUUUAAGAAAUUGCAUAGAUCGAUCUAAUUUUUUUCAGGAAAUCGUUGACUUUAUCGUGCUUGAUGUGUGUUCUAAGUCUAAAAGUUGCCAAAAAAAUUGCCCAAGGUUGUUAGAAUCACAAAAAGUUUCUCCCAACGCAAUACGUUGCUCAAAAGUCGCCGAGAACAAUCCGGACAGGCCUUAUCAGAAGGCCGGAAGCAGGAAUAUGUGAAACUCUAGGGCUCAGCUAACACUUGCCGCUUGGUGAUUUGAAAGAAGAGCAAAAUUGUAAUUUUUCUCAUUUUUCAAUUAGCCCAAAGUGAAAAUUCGGUCCGGUUUUGUCAAAUAUGCAAAACCGGAAAUUCUGAAUCUAAGUCAAUAUUUAAUCAGAAGCAAAAAAAAAAUUUUUUUAAUUUCAAUUUUUCAUUGUCAACGUUUAAAAAAUCAAACAAAUUUUCUGUGAAAAAAGAUUAAGUUAUGACUUAUUUGUUCUUCCUAUUUUCUUCUGUGACUGUUUUAAUGCUGCUCAGGCUUCAGUUAAUUCUUGCAUUAGAUUUAUGAACUUGCGAAGAAUCUUGGGAAAUGAUUUUUAUUAUCAGCUCAUCCCCUCUAAACAAUUCCGUUGCCAAGUUCUCUAACUAUUUUUUAGGUCACUGCUAUCGUUUUAAGUCAAGGCUUUAAGUUAUGAUUUAUUAAGCAGUAAGGUAGUCCUUAGGUAAAUCCGAGAAUUCUGAUUGUUCCUUACUUGGUCCGUACUCUGUCAUACGGACCGUCUCCGGUUAUAAGCCAUGUCCUUUAGGUCGCAGAAGUCAGCAAAUUUGAAAUAAACAAGGUUGGUCUGAGUGGCAUAAAAUGAACUACCAACUAAUAAAAUCGCCACCUUCGCUUGCUCGAAUCGUACUUGAGAAUAUUGGCCCUCUUUCGUUUCUGUUCAGACCUCGCUAUGCUCGGUCUGUACUGUCAAGAAAUCUGACCAAAGUUCCUCGGUGAGGCACUUACGCUCGGUUGGUAAGGAGUUAAUCUUUAUGAAAUGAUAUACCAGAUUGUGCAAAAUCCUUAUUGCACAUUUGGAAUAAGGUGAUGGCUUCUACGGCUAACGGUUAAAAAUUUGGCCAAAUCACUGCUAAUACUUAAUUUCCUUGAGUUUUUUUUUUUUUUGGCCAGAAAACAUUUUUACGGUUAACUAUUAAUACGACUAACGUGACGGCUUCUUUUUUUCGCCGUGUCUAGGCUCGCUGUUAGCCCAAUUAAGACCCUCGAACAUUCCAUGUCUGUGUAAUAUUGUGAGAUUAAAAUAAUCUUUCUCAACUGAAACUUACUUUGAAGCUUGUGAAGUAACCGGAAUGGAGAGCUUUUCCCCAAGCAUUUCGUUUUUAACAUCCCUGUUCAAGGCGAAGAUCAUAGUCGACUGUAAGUAAACAGUCAAAUUUUUAUUUCCAACAAAUAAUUGAAAUGAGAUCCUAGGAAAUACUGAUUAAGGGUUGAAUUUGCAUUGCGUGCGUAAUUCUCGGUGUUUGUGAUACCGUCGCCAUUGGGAAUUGGUAUUUUAGGUCGGAAUCUUGAAAAGAUCUCUUGUCAGUUGAGGAAGCAGAUAUAUUUUCAAUAAAAUGUAGGCUUGCCCUGAAAAGGUUUGAUGUACGAUCGAGUAACAAUGAUAUCUAGACGAGAAUCUCGAACCUGACUAACGAUAUCCUGUUUGAUUACUCAUUUCCGUGGGAUUUUACCAAAGAUGACACAUUGUACAAAGUAUGUAGCAGAGAUAAACAAUCAGACAGCCAAAAAGGGGAAAUAUGUCGUUCCAUGAUAAAUGCUAUGUUUUUGUGACAAAAAUAAAAGGACGAGAAGGCAAUAAGUAUCAUAAAGUCCUGCGGCAAAGUUUUACGAACACCCAGAGUGAGAGCUAUAAGUUAAUCCUGAGGUCUUCCUAAACUAGUAAUCACCUUGUUUCUUCCUUUUUUUUUCGGAGUAAUUCGCAAUGAUUUUUAAAAUUCAAAUCUACACACUGAGACUAAGCGAAUAUUAUCGAGAAAGUCUCGAAAUGAAGUUGACAAAGAGGCGAUUAAAUAUUUCAUUUUGUUUACGCAUUCUGUCUCUGCCAAUGUCAAUAGAGCCCUCUUCCCCAAAGGCAUGAUUUUGAAACUCAACCACCCUCCAUCCAUGGAGUGUUAGCGCAGUGACUGAGGUGACAGGGUACGAGCCUGACUACCAAUCCUGAAACGCGGAUUGUCAAACAGGAUGAAUAAGACAAGCCCUCUCCAGCUUCAGAGAAAAAUGCCAUUUAAUCUGGAGGUCCAACAACCUACACCCCCCCCCCCUUCCCCUCCACCACUUGCACCUUUAAAGCUUUCCACACAGAGCCAUUUGCAACCCACCCUUGGAUAGGUUAGUGGCUGGGCUGCAUGCGGGGCACUAGCCUUUAUGUUAAGCCCCCUGCCGCAUUUUCAUCCGCAAAGCUGACUUGAAGGCGGGGGAUGCCUUGCAUGAGGCAAAUGAUUGAGUGGCUUUUGGCCGGAGUUUUCAAUAGCCUCCCCACUUAUCUUGUAGUCUCAUUAAAAGCAACAGGCACUUAAGACAGUGAAACUGAAGCGAUGAAGUUUCGCACAGAUAAUGGUCUGGUUUAUCUCGCCAUUGAUGUUGGGUUCGUUUUACAAUAAUCUAUUUUGCAACAAAAUAAGAGAUACUUACUUGUAAUCUCGUACUAUUAGUUUUUGCAAUAUAUCAGCUUCCACAUCUCAAUUUUUUCUAACGACAGCGAGCGUACGCGACUACAUUAGGCAAUUUAAGUCAAAACUGAAGCAAUGAAAUAUUUCUUCGUAAUGGAAGCAAAAGACUACAUAUCCGCUUCUUUGUUGUGUUCGAUGCACAUGGUCCUUGUUUGCAGAAAUAUACAAGCACCCCUUUCACAUUGUCGGGGGGGCGCCCUGAACAGAGACUUCCGCAAGAUAAAAACUGAGAAAGCGUCAAGCCAGUAGUAUAGGAGAUGGCAUACGAGACCACUUUGAAAAAGUGAUCACGUACAAACGCCAACUUUCUAUACUACUUUCCACUUUGUGGAAAUAAAAGAUGGAUGUAAAAGAUGGAAAUAUAAACUUAUGGCAUCAUUUUAUAAUAUCAAAGGAUAUGAUCUCACAGCAUUUUUCCCUGGCGCGACAUUCUCAGAAAAACACUGACUUUCCCGACGAAAUGAGUCAUAGCAUUGCUAUUGUUUUGGGGUUAUGUUAUAGUCGAAUAAUUUUUUCACAAAAAUUAGAAAUCUCAUACAAUAGUAUGAUGGAUUGUAAUUCAGAAAUUCAUGUUGAAUUUAAUAAUAUGGAACAAUUUGGUUGUCCAUCUUGUAAUGGCAACUUCAAGAAAACACAAUGCCAAUGUUUGCCAAUGUUGCGGUCAGGUUGAUAGAUACGAAAUAGUAAAUGAGUUUGUGCCAAUUUCAAGUUAAAAAACCUCCUCACUUUCAAACUGAGGCGAAAUGCAAAACCUUUGAGGUGCAAAAGUGAAUUGUUUGGUUGAGAAUGAAAAUAUGUGUCAUUACAAAGGCUUUACAAGUAUCUUUGUCCUCAACAGCAGCCCUGUGCUUCUCGUAAAUGGCUUAUCGAAACUGUUUCGACCGUCAGUAUAAAAGUUAUCCCUCACCAUGAUGUGUGAGUAUGCAUGCAGUGAUUUCAAUUCAUUCAAAAGUCAGGGAGCACUUAGAGUGUCGUAAAACCAAAACCAAAUUAAUCACAACGGCCAACUAGUAGAAAGGGAAAUACCUUUAAGAGCCAAUGACAACUGAAAGUAAAACCAACCAAACUUACUAAAGCGCGGGAAAACGCAGGCGACCAGGUCGUGAAUGGUUUUUAGUUUUGCAUCGGAAUGGUUGAGAGAGUGGCGCGAAUUCUCUGAACCAAUCACAAAGCAGAAACGAAGCAAACCGGAUUUCUUUCAACAUUCAAUUGCAAAUUGCUCUAAAGUGCUGGAUAACGUGUUAUCAAUCAAAUGUAGCUUUUUCCAAAAUUAUACGGAAUCGCUAGCCAUCCAAGAUACUGGAUGGAAAAAUUGCACAUGAGCGACAGUUUUUUGUAAAAAUUUCCGACAUCUCUUGAAGCGUUUGCUAUACCGUGCUCAUUCAGUAAUCAGUUUAUCUUUCAAUAGUCAUAACUGCAUGUUGUUCAUGUGAUUUGGUCCGAAAAUGGGUAUUUCAGCGCUAAAAGGUGUACAAAAGAAUUUCACCUUUGCCAAACAAACUGUUUACAUCUCCAUUAAAGGUGAAAUGAUUGACAAGUUGACUUUGACUUACAACUGAGAUAAUCUCGGAAGCUGCUCCAUUGGAUUAGUUUGAGAACUUUUUAUUAAAUCGAUGUCUUAAUUAAUUUUUGUAACUGUUGAAAUAAAGAAGUCCUUGGGGGUAUGUUUCCAUCUUUGACAAAAUGUGUUCUUGAAUUGCGCUAACGAUGUGUACCUAGUCAUCUCCUGGUCGUGGGAUUUUCUAGCCGUAUUCAUGCGAUCAACAAGAGGUAUUGCACUUCAUGAUUGCCCUUGGUAUAUACAACAGAAUUUGAAGUAUCAAAGUUUGACAUUAAGCAGAACAACAAGUUCCUUUUACAGCUGCACGACAAUCAAGCUUAUUCAAAUGGAAUAUAAGGUUACAUACAUUUUUCCUACAUUCUACCAAUUGAAUUUGAAUGAUUGACCCCUAUCAGGUAAAUUUAGGAUACGUGGCGAGGUUCUAAAGAAGGGAAUAGGGGUAAAUGGGAAAAAAGCAAUUAAAAAAACACACGAUUUUCUACAGUGCCUCUCUAUAGUCUGUUUGUGACUGACAGAGCCCCUCACCAUUCACCUGAAAACCAUGUGAUCCCCCAAAAAAUCCUCCAAGCCCCCCUUCCGCUGGCAAUAAAAUGAUAAGUGGUCGCUUUUGUCAUGGUCUGCCAUUCAUUCCCUGUAAUUUUAGCUUUCGUGUCUAACCCUUACUUUAACACUUGAAGUUAUUCAAAAUUGUCAUGUACCAGACAAUCUGUGGAUGAAAUGUUAAAGGAGAAGUGAGUUAAUGGCCAUGUCGUAAAUGAUCUCGCGACAAAAUAUCACACUGGUUUGAUGUACAACAUUUUCACGAUCCUACUCACGAGUAACUCCCAUCUCACAAUCAAUCAACCCAAAUCACCUAUCAUAUUUCUGUACUUCCGUCACGAACCUAUCAAAAAAUUCAAUAACGCUUCGGUGACGACCGCCACUUGUGAGAGUACAAGUGAUAUAUCUCCCAAGAAAGACAGAUUUUCCUAUGAUUAACUACAAAACAAAGAGAAGCGUAAUUUUGAUUCCUUGAACCACUUUAUUUUUAGUCGUGGAUACGCAAAGCGUAUAAAGCACUGAUGUUAGGGAUCAGAAUAUGCAAAUUUGUCACUCACUCAGAUGUAAACACGUCGAUAUGUCAACGGCAGACCAAUUACUAUCGACUUUCCGAGAUAAUACCGGGACGCGUCUGUCGACUUUCCGAAGUAACUGCCGCGACGUUGAUAUAGAAUUCGACUUUCCUUCGAGAAAGUUUCGACUAGUACUCGUCGCAGCAAGCACAUGGUAGUAAGCUGUGUGGAAGGUGAAUGCGAAGAGUCUUUGACCCCUCGAGACGUUUGCUCGUCGAUCCUCCAAGCUCACAUUGGGUUUAUAAAUGAUGAACCUUUUACGAGUGAACCUUACGAGCGAAACUUUGAUCGUACUCACGAGGGAACCUAUUAGCACACAUAUCAGCUAAAGUAUGAAUCAAGCACAAGGUUAAACAAAGACUAGAGCAACAUGAGUAGCACAACUGAUCAGUCCAUGAUAUCCAACCAAAACACUCUUGUGGCCAUGCAGAACGAAACGCAGUCAGAAGACUGAUCUGUUAGUAACAGAAAUCAUACAGGAAUGAAGUAGGUCAAAGUCCAAUCGUAUUAGCGAAGGUGUCUGUCGUGAUAGUGGACCAUCGAGAUUACCGUGGAAGAAAAUUCUGAACUUAUUUAACAAGAGUAAAUUAGGAGGUAUGUAAGGUCUCGUACUGUGCUAAGUUUUCCACAUUCGUCAGCGUUGAAAACGAUUUUAUCGUUUUAUUACCGUAAUUAUCUUUAAACCAGACUGUAUAGAAGUAAACCAGUUGUAAUAACUCGUUCAUAAAGUUCAAGGUUGUAUUUUGCUUUUGAUUGUGUUUAUGUCUUCAAAACAAGAACUGUAAAGCAUUAAAAAACAUGUGAAGUAUCACUUGUUUUUCAUGAUGAAUUUGUACAUGUUGUUCAAUGUUAUUCAAUAAAGAAACGAAAUCACAAGUAUUUUGUUUCAAGGACAAAGUUACUUACUUCGGGAGAUAUCGUGUUAAACCCGAGGCCUGUUACUAGGUGAAAUAAUCCAAACCAUCUUUAUUAAUUUAACAGUCUCGAUAAGCUCAACAUCUCUUAAGAAUAUAGGAUAUUGGUGGUGCAGGUGAUUCUUUCUUCAGAGUUGUGUCCCAUCAGUUGUAUGGUGAACCUAGCUAUCACAUGAAUGUUCGUAGUACUGGUGUUCAAUAUAUCACAAACAAUCCAGAAAGAUUCAUCAAAAGUAGUACAGACCAUUCAUGGCUAAGGUAUUUAGCCAACAUGUCACACCAAGGUACAUAAGCUGAUGCACAUGUCAAACAAGAAUGGAGCAAGUUACUUAUUCACUACCCAAAGUACAUACAUACAAAUUUUACGUUAGAAAUCUGCUAUAGCAUAUGAUUUCACAGCAAAAAGUGAAGUUUAAGGAAUGGUGUAGGUCAAACAGUAGCCAAAAUGUGAAUUCCAACUGUUCAUCCAACAUCACCCCAGCAGUUCAAAGUAAUUCCAAGUAGUUUCAACUCUACUCAAGGGUUACCCACUGGCUGCCUAUGUUUACACGUAAAAGUGUAUGUUUUUGUAAAGAGGAAUUUAAUUAUCUUCAAAACUCAUUCAAACGUAAUGUACCCACGAUUUAUUCACAGUUUCCUUUGAUUUCACAUUUAAUCAUUUCUUGUGAACACAUAAAAUGAUGCCUUUCUAGUACCCCCUAGAGUCAUCAAAAUAUCUUCACAAAAGACAGAUCCUGAUUGGUUUAUAGAUUCUCUAACAACAGAGGAACUUUGGAGACAAAAUUAUGCUUAAUAGGGUAGGUGGGGGUGGGGAAAGCAUCUCUCACACAAGUCCACUGUGUGUCAUGGGUAGUUACGGGAAUUGAAUAACUGAAUUUGAAUGAUUAACCAUGAUCAGGUAAAUGUAGCCUGUGUGGCAAGGUUCUUAACUCCCAAAUCCACCUUAUAACUCCCAAGUCAAAUUUUUAAUUGUUUCUGUCAAUCAUAUAACUGUUAUAAUGUUGGUUCAGAGAAUUGAGUGUUGGAUCAUCUAAUUAUCCCAAAAUUGAUAUUUUUCUUUAUUUUCAUCACUUAUUUGCUUGAUAUUGUAUUGAUACUGUAAGGAGAAAUUGUCUUGGUCAUUCAUGAGAGUUAAAGGGUUAAAAGGGAAAUAGGGGUGAAUGGGAAAAAAAACACUAUUUUCGACAGUGCCUUUUUAUAGUCUGUUUGUGACUGACAAAACCCCUAACCGUUCACCUGAAAACCAUGUGAUCCCAAAAGAGCCUCCAACCCCCCUCCCUUGAUGAUAAAAUGAUAACUGGUUGCAUAUCAUUUAAGUGUUUGUGUCUGGCCCUAACUUAACCCUUUAACACCCAAGAUCUCAUAAGUGAUUCUCUUUACUGUCUGCCAUACAGUUCUUGUUAUUUUAGUUUGGAGAAUUUGGUAUUAGUUCAAGUUAUAAUCCCCUAAUUGAUAUUUUUCUUCACUCUCAUCACUUGUCUGCUUUGUAUAUGUAAUCACAUGAGGCCAAGUACUAUUAAGGAUUAAUUGCACGAGAGUUUUCAAAAUUUUCCAAAAUUUUGAAAACUCAAGUGCAAUUAAUCCUUAAUAGUACGAGGUCUCAUGGGAUUACUUGUUUAUCAAUAAAGGGCAAAAUUUAUACGAAGGAAAAUCACGCGCGCAGUCUAUUUUUAUCUGGGAAGCCUGUUUAGCGCUACGGCAAAUCAUCAAUCAAAUUGAACUGACCAAUCGAUUCAAUGAAAUUUUAUUCUCCAAAACUGUGUCGUGAUACACUGCCAAAAGUCUAGAAAACAAAGCUCAUUUCAACAGAGCGUUUCUGCCAACAGAAAAACAACAAAGUGCUUUUAACUGAACAAGGUAAUCAUGCCCUCUCUUGAUUACUAAAAAUGCCCUCGAUUAAGAAAAAAUGCCCUCUCUCUCAACCAAUCAGCGCUCAGUAAUUUUGCCCUUUAUUGAUAAAUAUUGUAAGGAGAAAUUCUGUUUUGGUCACUCAUGGGAUUUAAAGGGUUAAACACUUGAUGUUAUUGAAAAUUGUCAUCCAUCAGACAAUCUGUAAACAAAAUGUAAAAGGAGUAACACAAUGGCCACUUGUGAUAGUAAAAGUGACAAAUCUCCCAAGAAAAACAGAUUUUCCUUUGAGUGACUACACUAUAAAGAGAAAGGUGAUUUGGAUUCAUUAACACACUUUUAUUUUCCUUUCAUUUCAAAAUCCCAAUACUGAAAUUAAAGCAUGAUCAUUGCUCUAUGUCACAUGCAGCCUUUUCCUUGAGUAGAGUGGUUCAGUGUCUUUAUUGAAUGAAGAUGUAUCCAAAUUCCUUGAUAAUUUAUUUUUGUCUCUGUUGCCUGCACUCCACAAAGCUCUGUAUCCACAUGUGUUUUGGUAUCCUGAUCCUCCUUCACCAGAUCAGAUUCUGGAAUCAGGGGAAUUGCAAUCAUCUUGUUUGUUGCCAAUGACACUUAUUCGUACCCUGCUGAAUCCAUUACCAGCUACAUGUGAAUUGAACCCUUCAUGAUUACAUCAUCGCUGCAGAGAGGCAUCAGGACAAUCAGCCUAUUCCAUGCAUCCCAAUAUAGUGAGGUAGCAUGGUAUUGACCAUCAGUGAUGAGGGCAUAUUGUGGGGCUGCUUCCUGACCCAAUUGCAAGAACCUGGUUACCCCAUCAACCUUCAUGCCAUGGCAUAUCUUGAUGAAGGAAGUGCUUCAGCAGGUUGGAAGCAGGGUCUCCAAGUGAUCCAAUCUGGUGACUCCAUUUUUGAGAGACUGAAGACCUGAAGGUAACUGAAGGUUUCCUGCAAGAUAAGGAAAUUUUCAACUUAGUAUCCAUUGCAUUGGUAUAACUUCACUUUGUUCUAUGAGUGGUCCAGCAAACUUGCACUAAUCUCUCACCUGGUCAGAUACGAUACUUAACCCAAUCAUGAUUUAACCCUUAAACCACUAAGAGCUGACUAGCAUCUAAUUUCUCCCUACAUUAUCAACUCUUGUUCAUGUGAUUUGGUCAGAGAAUGAGUAUUUCAACCCCAAAAUGGUGUACAAAAGAAUUUUACCCUCAUUAAAGUUUACUCUUUCCAUCUCUCUUAACCUUUUAACUCCCAUAAGUGACCAAGACAGAAUUUCUCCUUGCGAUAUCAAUACAAUUAAUAUCAAGCAGAUAAGUGACAAAAAUAAAGAAAAAUAUCAGUUAGAGGAUUAGUAGUUUAGUAGUUGAUCCAAUACCAAAUUCUCAAAACUAACAUCACAAGAACUGUAUGGUAGACAGUAAGGAGAAUUACUAAUGAGAUCUUGGUGCAAGAUCUGAACUUAAAGGUGAAAUGACUGACAAGUUGACUCUGACAUACAAUCAAACUUGUCAAGCUGUGAUUACAAGGGAAUUGAUUGAGAUCAUCUCAGGAGCUGCUGCACUGGAUUAG